CCGCUGCGUCCGCCUUCCGCUCCCCCUCCCCGUCCGGCUCCGGAGGCUUCCCGUUGCCCUCGGGCUGAGGCUGGGGCUGGGGCGGUCCGGAUCGGGGCCACCCCGAGGCCCCGGGAGCAAAUGGCGGCACAAUGUGUGACAAAAGUGGAGCUGAACAUCUCCUGUAACAACCUCCUGGAUAAAGAUGUAGGUUCCAAAUCUGACCCUCUGUGUGUCCUGCUCUUCAACACAAGUGGACAGCAGUGGUAUGAGGUCAACCGCACAGAAAGGAUUAAGAAUUGUUUGAACCCCCAGUUUUCUAAGACAUUUUUAAUUGACUACUAUUUCGAGGUGGUUCAGAAGCUGAAAUUUGGGAUUUAUGACAUUGAUAAUAAAACCAUUGAUUUAAAUGACGAUGAUUUCUUGGGUGAAUUUGAGUGCACACUGGGACAAAUUGUCUCCAGUAAGAAGCUAACCCGACCACUGGUCCUCAAAAAUGGCAGGCCCGCAGGAAAAGGGAGCAUCACGAUUUUGGCAGAAGAAGUGAAAGAUAACAGAGUGGUUUUGCUGGAAAUUGAAGCCCGAAAACUGGACAAUAAGGAUUUAUUUGGAAAAUCUGACCCAUAUCUGGAAUUUCACAAGCAGACAUCGGAGGGAAACUGGCUUAUGGUUCAUCGAACAGAGGUUAUUAAAAACAAUUUGAAUCCUGUUUGGAGGCCUUUUAAAAUCUCUCUUAAUUCUCUGUGUUAUGGAGACAUGGACAAAACAAUCAAGGUGGAGUGUUAUGACUAUGAUAGUGAUGGGUCACAUGAUCUUAUUGGAACUUUUCAGGCUACCAUGACAAAGCUAAAAGAAGCCACCCGAAACUCACCAGUGGAAUUUGAAUGCAUCAAUGAAAAGAAGCGGCAGAAGAAGAAAAGCUAUAAAAAUUCAGGUGUUAUCAGCGUGAAGCAGUGUGAAAUUAUAGUGGAAUGCACCUUUCUGGACUACAUCAUGGGAGGAUGUCAGCUGAAUUUUACUGUCGGAGUAGACUUCACUGGCUCUAAUGGAGACCCUCACUCUCCUGACUCUUUGCAUUACAUCAGCCCUAAUGGGGUUAAUGAAUAUUUGACUGCUAUCUGGUCUGUAGGAAUGGUCAUUCAGGAUUAUGAUCAUGAUAAAAUGUUUCCAGCCUUUGGGUUUGGAGCUCAGAUUCCUCCUCAGUGGCAGGUGUCACAUGAAUUUCCAUUGAACUUCAACCCAACAAACCCGUUCUGUAAAGGAAUCCAAGGCAUUGUAGAUGCCUAUCGGUCCUGCCUUCCUCAGCUGAGGUUAUACGGACCCACUAACUUUUCUCCAAUUAUAAAUCAUGUGGCCAGGUUUGCUGCUGCAGCUACCCAACAACAGACAGCAUCUCAAUAUUUUGUGCUCCUGAUAAUCACGGAUGGCGUGAUCACCGACCUUGAUGCCACCCGUCAGGCCAUCGUGAAUGCCGCCAAGCUUCCUAUGUCCAUCAUCAUCAUCGGGGUUGGUGGAGCUGAUUUCAGUGCCAUGGAGUUCCUGGAUGGCGAUGGCGGGGCCCUCAGGUCCCCGACGGGCGAGGCAGCCAUUCGAGACAUUGUCCAGUUUGUGCCUUUCCGACAAUUCCAGAACGCCCCCAAAGAAGCGCUUGCUCAGUGUGUUCUGGCAGAGGUUCCCCAGCAAGUUGUGGGCUACUUCAACACAUACAAGCUCCUCCCUCCCAAGAACCCUCCUUCCAAAUGAAGAUGAGACCCAGUCCACAUUGUCCAAAUUCAUCCAUGCUGCGAGAAUCAAGGGAUCAGUCACCCAAAUGCAUCAUCCCGCCAUGUAGCUUCCUGGGCCUCUCCCUGCACCUAUGAGAAACAUCCUUCUGCACCAAACCAUAUCCGUUUAAUGCAUUUCUUCUGGAAUAAGCUUUUUCUAUUAUUGAAAUUUUAAGUGCCAAGUUAAUCUUUUUCCUAAUCACAUCAGGUACUGCUGGUGAUUUGCAGUUAUCACAAGGCAGGUGAUUCAAGGAAGCAUCAGGAAGCUGAUUUUUGUUUUUGUUGUUCACUAAGUUUAAUGAAUGCGAAUAUACUGAACUCACUGUUCCUUAAGGUUAGGUGGAAGAGUCGGAAUGGUAAAGGCAGGUCACCCACAUAUUGCUCACUUGGCAGUUAGUGGCUUACGUGCAUAUUAAACUUUCAACCUUGA